CGGUAAACCCACUCUUUCCGCGUAAAAUCGCUGUAAAAACGGGUAAAAUCUUCACAUUUCUGCUCUAUUCCAUGCACUAGACCAACAAACUGCACUCUAGUCGAGGUUCCCGUUGGAAUAGCAAGCCAGGAAAGUUCAAGACGCUUCCAGAACUGUUUGUAGUUUGUGGUGCGAAAGAAGCGUGUUUUUCGGUUGUUAACAUUGUGAUAUCUUGCGUGUUAAAAUGUGUGAUGAAGGUGCCUCUACUAGUAAAGAGAAACGGAAGGAUUCGACCGUCGUUCCGGCCGAACCAGCGGAACCGGAAGCUACCGGCGAGUGUUACAUUUCCCGGCUCCCGGAUGAGAUCCUGUGCACCAUCUUCGACCUGCUGAACCACGAUCAACGGCUGGACUGCUCGGAGGUAUGCCGCCGUUGGCUUGCCAUCGUCUACUCUCCGUACUUCCAGCGGAAGAGCAACACCAAGUUCAGUCACUGCUUCGGGAUGACCAUCAACUCCGUCGACCGGCGGCGGCUGCAACGGGCCAUAAAUUGCGAGAUGUCCGAUUGCGGUAUUCUGGAGCUUUUUCACACGGAUGCACUGCGAGAAGUGCGGAACGAGCUGUUCGAGGACCCGGCCAAUCCCGUCCCGAGCGAUACGACCAUCGAGGACUUUCUGUUUUCCGGCGAUCUACAGCUCGAGUACAUACAAUUCUGCACCUCGUUCGAUCGAGCUCGUGACUUCAUCGCCGAGCGGUUACCGAUGCUGAAGAACCUUGAAGCCCUCUCCUUCAUGCUUGUUCCGCCGCACUAUGGGUUGCACGUGGAAAAAACGGAUCCCGAGUGGGUGAUCAAACAUGAAAAGGUGACCACGUUUAGUCUGCAAACGUUUGUCACCAGUGGCCCGUACCGACUGGAGCUACCGAGUUUGCGGUUUUUCGUCCACGAAGUCGAUAACAACUGGGAUAUGCGGGCACUGAUCGAGACGAAGGACCGGCUGGAGGAGCUCGAUGUGAAGCUGUACUUCGUGAAAUACGUCGAUACGAUCGUUACGCUGCAGUUUCCGAAGCUGCGGAAAUUUACCGUCUGGCUAAUCCGGGAAGAGGACAGCCCGAAUCCGAACACACCCGGCGAUGAUACUACGACCGAGUGGUUCAUCAAGGGCAUGCCGGAACUCGAGCAGUUGGAACUACGUGGGACACAAAUGACGAUGAAGCUGUUCCGUGCCGUCUGUCUCUUCGGGUGGGAAACGCUGACGAGGUUAACGGUGUUCAGCGCAAAGUUCCAUCGCUCCCUGUUUGCGUUGAUCCUGGAGCUAAAAAACCUAAAAUUUUUGAGGCUGGAAUCAUGUUCAAUAAUUGAUGGUGGACGACUGCAUGAGGUCAACUUGCCCGAGCUGCGCCAUCUGGAGCUGAUCAAGAGCCAGGGCUGUUUGCGUAUCGACGCGGGACUGUCCCUGAUUCACACCUUCAAGUACUCGAUGGAUGAGAAACUGGCCAAAGUAUGCCGCCACAUGCCGUUGAUUGAGAAGUUCGAGAUCGAUUUCCGGGCAGGCCAUCCCGUAGCCGUGCAUGUGAGCAAAUAUUUUAAACACAUUCCGGAGCUAGCACAUCUGCGUCACCUAACGCUAAGUGGCAUCAAGACGAACACGAGACCGUGGAACUUCUGUGAACCGAUGCCCGCGGUCAAACAUCUCGUGUUCCGCCAGUGCCACAUUGCACGGUGUGAUUUCAAGCGAAUAUCACAACUGUUCCCCGAGUUGAAGGUGCUGGAAAUGGACAACUCCAUCAUAGCGUACAAAAUCGAACCGCAGGGUAUCAAUCCGCACCGACAUUUUGCCCGCCGGUUGAAGCAACACUUCCCCAAGUGUACGCUCGUGUUUACCGGCGCCUCGACCGUCGAACCGUUGAGUACCGUUUUGGAGAAGGAGGAUAAGAAUUACGAUAUUAAGCAGCUAAUGUCUGGUGAAUGUAGAUACAUGCCAAUAUCGCAGUAGCUUUUAGUUAGCGUACCAUCGCUCUACCUCAAGAAAUGAUUUCGUUCC